CAAAAAACAAUACUUGGAAAAUGUUUACAUAGGUGCAUCAAAUUCAUGGGAAUUUAAAAAAAUGUGUGAAUCUGGCCGAAAAUAUUUGACAUUUGGAACAGUGGCGAUAACAAAUGGUGCAACAAAGGAGAACUUUUCCGUUCGUGCUACUGCUUCUUCUGGUGAUUCAGCAGUUGUCAGUGAUGAAGUCAGGUCCAUCCCAACACGGAAAGAAGACAUGAUAAAAUUUGAAAGUUUUACUUUCAAUUCAAAGCUGAAAGUUGUCAUUUGUCAUGGAGAUAUUUUCAAAUCUGGCACACAGGCAUUGUUAACAGGAGAAAACAGAGAGUUGUUUCCCCUGAGCUCUGAUUGGAAACGGUACUGCUUGUCAAAAAGGAUGUCUGAAGAACAGUGGAAAACUGAUUUCAAAAGAAAACAUGUGUUUAUACGACAUAGUGAGGUAUACAUGGAUCCAAGACCAAUUCAUGAAUGUUUUAAGUAUGUCUUCCACGCCAUUGUGUAUCCCUACCAUGCAUAUGGAGAAAGAACAUGGUUAAAUGAAAUGAAGAAGUUAUAUGAGAAUGUUGUCAAAGAAACAGAGAUAUAUGAUAUCUCCUCCAUAGCCAUGCCUCUCCUUAUGACUGAAAAUGUUCCAAGAGGUUAUGCAGUGGAUGCAGCUGUUCAGAGUCUGGCUGAGAUAAAAACUACUUUGAAACAAGUUCACAUUUAUGUGUCCAGUUUGGAUGACUUCGACAAAAUGUGCAACAGUUGUUGGAAGCAUGAGGUGCUAAAUGUGGACACGUUCGUGGACAUGGUGUCUUCUUCAGGUGCGCGGAACAAGAAUGAUUCAGCAUCAAAAUCACAUACAUUAUUAGCACCCUCCACCGAUACUGCACAGUUUAACAAUCUCUCAUCUCAAAGACAUGAAUCAUCACAUCCUUCCAGCGAGCACCAACUGGAAAAUGGCCUAAUAUUUACAGUUCAUCUUGAGGACAUUCUAAAAGUUGGAGCAGACGCAGUAGUCACUGGAGAAAGUCCAGAUCUCAGUGUCAUGAGCUUAGUGACUCAGAAGUUGUGUGAAUCAGGAGGAAUUAGAUACAAUGUAUGGAGAGACCAUCUCUUGACGCGACACAGGAGACUGAAGUUUGGCAAAGUCUACGAAACAUCCACAUCUAUUACAGAUCUUCCAUAUAGAUACUCAUUCCACGCCAUUAUGUAUGUGUACCGAAGUGGAUAUGACAUGGAGUGGGCAACUGGUAUGGAUGAGAUCUAUUCAAAUAUCAUCAACAAAGCUGAAGAAAAGGUCUUAAGAUCUGUUGUUAUGCCUUUACUUGGAAGUG